AUGAUGGAAUCUUGCUUUAAUUACAAAGUCGAGAGAGUGGAGUCAGUAGUUGUAGAAGAUUUGAAGAAAGACCUGUUUGCCGAAUUUUCAGCCAUACCGUCUGAUUCACCUUUAUUGGAGAAAGAACAUUUACAAGUUUACCUCCGGAUACGACCAUUUACGUCAGCCGAAAGUUAUAAUGGCGAAUCGCAGGAAUGUGUUGCAGUUGAACCCCCAGAUGUUGUGUUGCUCAAGCCUCCAAGAACAUCCCUAUCAGCACGACUCAGUGAUAAGUCGAUUCCUCAGACAGCACAGCGAUUUCAGUUCUCACGGGUUUAUGGUCCAGAGACUACCCAGAAGGAAAUGUUCGAUGGCACGGUGAAAUGUCUUGUCAAAGAUGUUCUGGAAGGAGGAAACUCUCUGGUGUUUACCUAUGGAGUUACCAAUGCUGGAAAGACCUUUACCUUCCUAGGUUCUGAUGGUGAUGCCGGCAUUUUGCCAAGGUCUUUGAAUGUGAUCUUCAACAGCAUUGAAGACCGGAUAUACAGACAGAUGAACAUCAAGCCUCACAGAUGUAGGGAGUUCACCAGACUAACAAAGGAUCAGCAGGAUGAGGAAGCUACGAACAAGAGAAACAUUCUGCGAUUGUCAAAAGAGAGCGAUUCUCAGAAAAGCAUGGCGAGCCAGCUCAGUUCUACUUGCAGGACAACCUUGCUGGAAGGCUCCACCAUGAGUGAUGCAGAAGUAUCAGUUGAUGCAGAUAGUUUCAGUCUGGAUGUGGACAGUCACACAAAAUACUCUGUCUGGGUUUCAUUUUGUGAAAUCUACAAUGAAAAUAUUCACGACUUGCUUGAUCCCCUACCAAAUGGCUCGCUGAAGAGAACUGUACUUCGGUUGUCCCAAGACGUCAAAGGCAAUUCCUUUGUGAAAGAUCUGAAGUGGGUACAAGUAAAUGAUGCAGAUGAAGCAUACAAAGUUGUUAAAGUUGGAAAGAAAAAUCAGAGCUUUUCCUGUACAAAGCUCAAUAACCUGUCAAGCCGAAGUCAUAGCAUAUUCUCCAUCCGGAUUCUGCGGAUUGAAGAUGUCGGAAUACCCCGUGUCCAUACGAUCAGCGAGUUGUCUUUGUGUGAUCUAGCUGGAUCGGAGAGAUGUGCUAAAACACAGAAUAAGGGAGACCGCUUGAAAGAAGCUGGCAACAUCAAUACAUCACUGCUAAUUCUCGGAAAGUGCAUUAAUGCAUUGAGACACAACCAACAAUCCAAGCUGCAGCAGCACGUGCCCUUCAGAGAAAGCAAGCUGACCCAUUACCUGCAGGGCUUCUUCUGCGGCCGAGGCAAAGCCUGCAUGAUUGUCAACAUCAACCAGUGCGCCUCCAUGUACGACGAGACCCUGAACGUGCUCAAGUUCUCCGCCGUGGCUCAGAAGGUGGUGGUCCUCAACACGAAGCCUCUGCCCGUCGUCCCCAAGAAGUCGGCACGGGAGGUGUCUUUCAUCAUCAACAACGCUGACCGCAAGAACCUGUUGGCAAGAGCUCGCAAAAGCUCGCUUGUGGGCUGGGAGAUGGGUCUUGAGGACUUGCAGGAAAAUGAUGAUGAUGAGGAGGAGGAGGAGGAGGAAGAGGAUAGUUGUGUUGACAGCAUUUUGGAGAACACUAUUCGGGAAGCAGAGGAAGGAGAUGAAGAGGACAUCGAAAUUGAUAGGGAAGCUUAUGAGAACCAGCUUUCACUAAUAGAGGAGCUGAAGCAGAAGCUUUGCAGGGAAGAGGUAGAGAAAUUGGCCAUGGAGUCUCGUAUUCGUGAAGAGGUCACCAAGGAGUUCAUGGAGUUAUUCUCCAAAAUGGAAAGUGAUUACAGUGAACGCCUUGCCAAAGAAAAGGAAAUAAUUGAAGAGAGAGCAGAGAGGCGGCUAGAAAUACUGAAGAAUUUAGUGAGCAAAAAUACUGCUAAUGGGGAGGCCAUGACCAGCGGCACAGAACACACAAAGGAUAAAGUGGUGCUUCUGGAUGGAAUGAUUGACUCAAUGCAAGACGACCUGGCUAAAAUCAAGAAGGACGCAGAGGCAGCGCAAACAUGCCUCGUCGGCUUGCCUGAUGAAGACGACACCAUCGCCCGCCUCGAGAAGCAGGUCGCUGAGCUGUCCGAGGAACUUCUCAAAACCCAGCAGCUCCUCACUCUUAAAACCAAUGAAGUGCAGACAGUUAGCAGUCAGACACAGAAAUCAAGUGAAGAGCUAGAAGAGGCGAAAAGGAAAUAUGAGUCCCAGACACAGAAGUUCCAGGAACUUAUGGAGAUCUGCCAAGAAAAGGAUGACAUGAUCUCUAAGUUGCAAACGGCAAUGGACCACCAUGUUGAAAAUGCCAUUAAUGAUAGGGCCCUCAUUGAUACUAUCAAAGACGAAAUCCUGCACUUAAAGAAAAAUUGCAAGUGUUCCAAGGAAGACAGUGAGAGUUGUGGGAGAGGGGGCCGGAAGCGCCUGGGAGACAUCCAGCAGGACCUGAACGAGCAGCCACCCCCCAAGAAAGGAACUCUUGAAGAAAACUCCGUGGAUGCUGUGAUCGAAUUGCAGGCAAAAUGUAAUCAAAAAGAAUUGGACAUGAUGCCAGUCAAAGCAGAGCAAGAGGCGCUGCAGCAACAAUUAGAGUCCGUGAGGGCAGGUUUGCAGGAGGAGAUCAGACUGAAGGAUGAGCAAAUGGAAGACCUCAAACAGGAGUGCCUUUCCUUGGAGAGAAAAGUCAGCGAGUUGCUUGAAGAGCUGACGCAGCACAAACAUGCGUGCGAAGCUGCUCUGUCAUCCUUGGAGAUGGAGAGGAAGGACAAGGCCGCGCUUGCCAGAGAGAGAGACACCCUGGCUGGUGAGAGGAGCGGCCUUCAGCAAGACUCGGAGACAAAGGGCGAGAAGAUCGACGUGAUGGAGCGCGAAAUCAAGGAGCAGGUGGGGAGGAUGGAGAAGGUCUUGGACGAGCUGAAAUCGGCCAAAGCCCUCCUGGUGAAACACAACAACGAGUCCCGGGAAAAGUGCAAGCUGAUCGAGUCCCUGACACAGGAGUCCGAGCAGCUCCGGCAGGAACUGGAGAAGUCCCGAGCGGUGCUGCUGACGAGGGGCAGCGGCCGUUUUUACCACACCAUGGACGCGCUGCACAAAGAGUGCGAGACGGUGGUGAAGGAGUCCGCUCAGAAGGGCCUGCAGAUUCGGGAGCUGGAGGAGGAGCUCAGCCGGGUACGGCAGCGGGCCGCCGAGCAGGAGGAGGCCUCCACCCGGCUGAAGCAGGAGCUGGAGGAUUACAGGGGGAAGGCUGAUGCUGGAAGGAAGAGCUCUGAGACCGACAGGCAGGCCGCCGACGAGCUGCGGAGAGAACGCCGUGAGCUGGAGGCCGAGGUGGCGAGCCUCAGAGAGCAGGUCGCGGCCCUGGAGGUGCAGUUGAAGACCUCAGAGGCCGGCACCGCCAUGGCGGCCAAGCUGGAGAAGGAGCUCGCGGAGAGGGAUGCCGCCGCGGCAGCCCUGCAGAGGAGCUUGGAGGAAGCCCGGAGCAAGCUUGCAGACGUGGAAUCGGCGGGCGUGCAGGAGACCAGGCGGAAGGAGGCGGAGAGGCGGCGGGAGCUCCUCAAAGCGGCAGAGGAGGCCAUCGCUCAGAAGGACGCUGAGCUGGAGAAGAAAACACGGGAGCUCUCGAAGUUAAAGGAGGAGAUGAUUAGCGGCUUAGAGCAGAUCCGGGCUUUGAAUCUUGAUUUGCAGAGAAAAGAAGAUGACGCCUCCGACAUGAAGGAGAAACUGGCUGAUUCCAAAAAACAAAUACAACAAGUGCAAAAAGAGAUUUCCAGCAUGCGUGAAGAGGAGAAAUCUCUCCGGCAAAAACUGAACGACUCUGAGAGGAUGAGAAAUCAAAUGCUGAAUGACCUGCACAGCAAGGACCAGAUAAUUCAGCAGUUAAAGAGUGAACAAGCCAGCGUUGCCAAGUCUGAUGAAAAUCUCCAGCGUUACCAGAAAGCUUGCAGCGAUCUUCAGGCCAAAGAGCAAGUUAUUGAAGCGAUGCGUCUUGCGCUGACAGAGCAAGAGGAAACUCAGGCAGAACAAGAUAAAGUUCUCGAUGCUAAAUUGGAUGAGAUUGAAUCCUUAACCGAAGAAUUGAACAUCUUGAAAGAGAGAUUCCUUCAGCAGAACAUGGAUGCUGGCCAACAUACUCAAAUUCUUGAAGAAUGUUGUUCCAACACGAAACAGGAAACUGAGAAGGCUGAAGAGAGACUGAAGCUCGCUAAUGAGAAGUAUCAGGCAGACAAGAAGAAGUGGCUGGAGGAGAAGUUGCUCCUCAUAAACCAGGUGAAAGAGGCAGAGGAGAAGAGAAACCAGGAGAUGAAGAAGUUUGCAGACGACCGUGCGCGCCACGGCAAACUGCUGAUGCACGUGGAGUCCCUAUCAAAGCAGCUCUCUGAGAAGGAUGACGACCUUCAGAAGUGGAGAAAAGAGAGGGACACUCUGGUUGCGGCUCUAGAGGUUCAGAUGCAGAAGCUCGUUGCGAGCAAUUCUGAGAAAGACAAGAAGUUGAAGGAACUCCAGAGCGAUUCCAGCUGUCUGCCACAAGAGAACAUUAAAGAAAAAGUGGCAGAACUGCAAUGUGGUUUGUUGAAGAAAGAUUCUGAAAUUUUGGAACUGAGGAAACAUCUGAAAAUCUUAUCAGGAAACGCCAAUAAGUUCCCAUUAGCUGGAAAUCAGAAAACAUCACCCAGUCAGAGUGAAGGUAAUGAGAGUGCUGCCCAGGUAAAUGACGUUUCCUCUCAGAAACCCCAGGAUGACAGUAAUAAAGGGAAAGGUGAUGUGGGCAGUUCAAGAAGUUCUGAGGAAAGUGAGGUGUCAGUGCUGGAGUCCUCGGACGUUUCCACGGAGAACGGUAGACCCAGCCGCUUCCCCAAGCCCGAGCUGGAGAUUCAGUUCACUCCGCUCCAGCCCAACAAGAUGUGCGUGAGGCAGCAGGGAGAGGACUCUGCUGUGACUGUCAAAAUCACUAGGACUGGGAGAAAAAGGAAGAGUGCUGAAAUGGAGAAGGACCCAGUGGAGAGUGAAAACAGGAAGAACACCAGAUACAGAGGUACCCCCAGGAUGACUGCACAGCGCAAAGAGUCUCCCGCCGCGCUGGGUAAACGCACAGAUCACAUGAGGCAACAAGAGUCCCAGUCAAGCUUGAAGAGCAAAAAGGACGGGACCCUACAGAAGAUUGGAGACUUCAUUCAGAGCUCUCCAACUCUCCUCGGGAGCAAAGCUAAAAAGAUAAUUGGAUUUGUCAGUGCUAAAUCCCCUGAACCAGAGGGCAGCACGGCUACGAGUUUCAAACCGAAGAAGUCCAAACGAAAGCUGUAUAAAACUGAAAUAUCCUCUCCACUUGACAUCCCCUCUCAUCCAAUCAUUGGACUGGAUCAAGAUGAGAAGGAAAGUGAUCAUCUCAUUAUUAAGCGAAGACUGAGGACAAGAACAAAGAAAUGA